AUGGCUGACGCGGUGCCUGACUUGGAGGAGGAGGAGGAGGAGGAGUGGGAUGACGCAUUGCCGGACUUGGAGGAGGAGGAGUGGGCUGACGCGGUGCCGGACUUGGAGGAGGAGUGGCCUGACGCGUUGGUGGACUUCAAGGAGCAGGACUCUGCUGAGGUGGUGGCUGAUGACUUGGAGGAGCGGGAGUCUGCUGACGCGGUGGCGGAUUUCAAGGAGUCGGCUGGCGCGGUCCGCACCUCUAUUCUAUCUAAUCUAAAAGAAAAAAGGAAAAAUACCCCAGAUUGCAUCUCCCCUCCGCCGCCGCGCCCCCCUCUCAUGGAAGGGAUCCUGCAGAAGCAUAUGGCGGAUGCGAAAGAGGGGUCCCUUCCUCUUCCUAUGAGCAAGAGGAAGCGGAAGGAGGCUGUGAUGGAUGCGGAGGACAAGAAGAAAGAGGAAGAAAAGGAUAAGAAGGGUAAGAAGGAAGAAGAAGAAGAAGAAGAAGAAGAAGAAGAAGAAGAAGAGAAUCAAAGGCAGCAGGAGGGAGGUGGGAUUCUGACAUGCAAGCUUUUCUCUGAUCUCUACAUGUCCGACCUCACUGCCAAGGCCAUCAGAGAGAUGAACUACACCCACCUCACACAGAUUCAAGCUAGAUCAAUACCGCACCUCAUGGUAGGACAUGAUGUGCUGGGUUCAGCCAGGACUGGCUCGGGGAAGACGCUUGCUUUCCUUAUACCCGCCAUCGAACUGCUACACAACGCGCACUACACCCCUAGGAACGGGACUGGAGUUAUUAUAGUUUGCCCAACAAGGGAGCUUGCUAUCCAGACACACAAUGUUGCCAAGGAAUUAAUCAAGUAUCACUCACAAACUAUCGGAUAUGUAAUUGGUGGCACUAACAUGAAAAGCGAGGCCAACCAACUUGUGAAAGGGAUCAAUCUGUUAGUUGCAACGCCGGGCAGGCUUCUGGACCAUUUGAGAAGUACCAGUAAUUUCAACUACAAGAGGCUACAGUGCCUCAUAAUCGAUGAAGCUGACCGCAUACUUGAGCAAAAUUUUGAGGAUGACAUGAAACAAAUAUUUCGACGUCUCCCUCGGGAUAGACAAACUGUUCUCUUUUCUGCCACACAGACUCAAAAGGUUGAAGAUUUUGCAAAAUUUACGUUUGGGGAAAAUGAAGAAAGACAACGAAAACUUGUUUAUGUUGGACUUGAUGAUUCUGAAUUAAAGCCUACCGUGGAGGGCUUGCAGCAGGGCUACUGUGUCAUUCCUAGCGAGAAAAGGUUUCUGGUUCUGUAUGCUUUCCUAAAAAGGAUGCAGACGAAGCAGGAUGUGAAGGUCAUGGUCUUCUUUUCAUCAUGUAGCUCAGUCAAAUUCCAUGCAGAAUUUCUAAAUUUCCUUGGGAUAGAGUGUUAUGAUAUCCACGGGCAACUAAAGCAGCAGAAACGCACUAGUACAUUCUUCCAAUUUUCCAAGAUGAAUAAGGGCAUCUUAUUAUGCACUAACGUGGCAGCACGUGGGCUUGAUAUUCCUAAUGUGGACUAUAUUGUGCAGUAUGAUCCUCCAGAUGACCCAAAGGACUACAUUCAUAGAGUUGGUCGUACUGCCCGAGGUGAUAAAGGCAAAGGACGCGCGUUAUUGUUCUUACUACCAGAAGAAAUGAAGUUGCUUAUUUACCUACAGGUGUCCAAAAUUUCUCUGACUGAAUAUGCUUUCAGUGAAAAGCAUGUGCCAAAAACACAAUCGCUACUUGAGAGUAUUGUUGGUGGGAAUUACUUUUUAAACCAGUCAGCGAAGGAAGCCUACAGGUCCUACCUUUUGGCAUACAACUCACACUCCAUGAAGGACAUUUUUGAUGUCCAUCAACUUGAUCUCAAGAAAGUUGCGGCAUCUUUCUGUUUCAAUAACCCUCCUAAAGUGAAUCUGGACUUGGAGAGUAGUGCGUCGAGACACCGAAAGAUGAGGAAGGUGGAGGGUGGAAAGAGGCACGGAAUUACCCCUUCAAACCCCUAUGGAAGGAGAGGCGCUCAUGAUGGCGUGCAGUUUGCAAGAUAA